GGGAAAGGUGACAGAGUCAGCUGGGCUCAGCUUCAAGGGGACCAGGGGGACCAUGGCCAGUGCAGAGUCCUCUCUGCUUACAACCCUAGGUCCCAGCCCAGAUCCUGGCGACAGCCAGGGAGAGCUGGACUGCAGUUUCAAUGAAGAGUUCAAGUUCAUCCUGCUGCCUGUGAGUUACACAGUCGUUUUCCUGUUGGGCCUGGGCCUCAACACCCUAACCCUCUGGCUCUUCCUCUUUCGCCUCCGACCCUGGGAUGCCACGGCCACCUACAUGUUCCACUUGGCCUUGUCAGACACUUUGUAUGUGCUGUCACUGCCCACCCUCAUCUACUAUUAUGCGGCCCGAAACCACUGGCCCUUUGGCACAGGACUCUGCAAGUUCAUCCGCUUCCUCUUCUACUGGAACCUCUACUGCAGCAUCCUCUUCCUUACCUGCAUCAGCGUGCACCGCUACCUGGGGAUCUGCCACCCGCUUCGGGCCCUGCGCUGGGGCCGCCCACGCUUUGCGGGCCUUCUCUGCCUGGCCAUUUGGUUGGUCGUGGCUGGCUGCCUUGUGCCCAACCUGUUCUUUGUCACCACCAGCCCCAAGAAGGACACCAUCCUGUGCCAUGACACCACUCGGCCCGAGGAGUUUGACCACUACGUGCACUUCAGCUCAGCCGUCAUGGGGCUGCUGUUUGGCGUGCCCUGCCUGGUCACUCUCGUUUGCUAUGGGCUCAUGGCCCGGCGCCUGUAUCGGCCCUUGCCAGGGGCCGCCCAGUCAUCCUCGCGUCUGCGUUCUCUCCGCACCAUCGCUGUGGUGCUGACUGUCUUCGCUGUCUGCUUCGUGCCCUUCCACGUCACCCGCACCAUUUAUUACAUGUCAAGGCUGCUGGAAGUCGACUGCCAGGUGCUGAACGUUGUCAAUGUGGUCUACAAAGUGACUCGGCCUCUGGCCAGUGCCAACAGCUGCCUGGAUCCCGUGCUCUACCUGCUCACGGGGGACAAGUAUCGCCGUCAGCUCUGGCAGCUGUGCAGGUGUGGGGAGCCUCAGCCCCCCACCACGGCCUCCACCCUGGCACUGGUGUCCCUGGCUGAGGAAAGCAGCUGCAGGUGGACAUCCACCCGGAGGGACCGUGGCUUCCCUGCCCCUGGGGCAGAUAGACUGUAGCCCUAGGAGCCAGGAAGUGAGAGGAAAAAGGGUACGUGUAGGGCAGAGGUGAGGGAAUUUGAUAUUUACAUCCAAUAUGGCUGAUCCUUCCUCUUUCCCAGAGUCCAGAGAGAGAGGCCCACACCCUGAGGAUUAAGAGGAACCAGGGAAAUCAUGUGUGACCCCAUCUCUCAUAACCCUUUCAGCUGCCCUCUCUUUUUUGGCCAAAGAGAGUAACAGCCACUCUUCUUUCUCUUUGCCUCUGUCUCCUUCCUGGGGCCAUCAGUCCUGUCUCCCUUGAGCUUACAAGGUUUCCUAAAAUCCUCAUGCAGUCCUUUUUCCCCCAUGCACCUUUGUAUAGCCUGUGUUCCUUCAGCCAGACCCGCACAAUAGACUGAAGAGGUGGAGAAGCUGGAGGGUGAUCUCGGGAUUGGUCUGAUUUAUCUGACGGCAAUAGCCAGCAUCAGGAAGUGGGAGUACCGGCAUAGCACAGAUGCCAAGGUUGGGACAUAUGUAGUGCCCACACCCCCUUCCUGGGUUCCUCUCAGACAGGAUGGUCUCGCGCACUGAAGUGUUGAAAUACGGCUCAAUCCCAGACAGCCUGCAGGCCAGGGUGCCUGCGAGCAGCCAGACAUAUGGUGCUGUUGAACUGGUGUACAGCCCUGCAUCUUACCAUGGGGCGGAUAACCUGCCUCAAGGGGCGGGGUCCAAGCUGAUGUUGGCCUUUGAAACAGGACCUCCUUUAUGAUGUUUGCGGGGAACAUAGUUGACAGUUCUCCUGUACUAAGUGCAAAGAACAGCCGAUGGCUUGGAAAGAAAGAGAGGGGGGAGCUCUCACCUUUGUGGCCGUAAGUUCCAGCACUGAGGUGGGGGUAGAGCAGGUUUGUACAGAGUUUGGGGCGGUGACAGGGACUGACACCCAGAGCUGGUUCUUCCCUGGUCUCUCCCCUUUCUCUGGCUCCUGACCUAGGUGAAUAAUAAAUCUGUCACCAACUCUUUCAGAUCACACUUUAGGGCUUCAACGCCAGGGCAGACAGAGCAUGGGGACGAAGACAGAUCCCCUGACAUUCUUGCAUCCAAUCACUCCUCCCCAGCACUGUCCUACUACUUCUGGGCUUACAGGAGUCAGGAAUAGGUAUGGAACUUGGGCAGCUAACCUCCAAGCCUAGGAAGUAAGAGUGUCUAGGCAGGUGCUCAUCAGAAGGGUGCGCUUACCCUUUCAGGCACCCCCCUCCCGAAAUUGCCUUCUAGCCACUGGUCUCCUGAGUCUCCAACCUUCCUUUUCUUCUGUCCCACUCUUGCUGACCUGUCUCUGAUCUCUUUCUUGUCUACUGUCAUCUAGGGGUCUCUCUGGAGAGUAAGGCCGAGGUUAGUCUUCAGGAAAAAAUGACUCUGAUGCUCGCAUGUCCCCCUCUGCAUCCUCCCAUGUGCUCCCUCUCCCUGCUGGCUACCUAGGACUCCUUCCAUUAACAGUAAAUGUACCGCCCUUUUAUUUACUAGUUUCCCAGUGCCAUAGCCACUUCUUAGACUGUUACAUAACCCAUUUUUCAUCUGUACUCUCUCCCUUUAAUUUCUAUGACCACAGCCUCCUUGCCCAUCACCUACCUCUCCUAUCCACCGGCCCCACCAGGUAAAGCUGCUUUCUCCAUCACAACUGACCCAGCCUCUUCUAUUUCACAAGUCCAUUUAACCCAUAUCAAGACUCAUUUCACUCAUUAUCAAGACUCAACUGCCCAGAUUUUGCGGUCUUCUACUUUAAGGCUGUCUUCCCUCACACUCUAACUUUGGCUAAACACCUUGAGUCUCACCUUUAGCCAAUUUUUCCCUUUCUCUUAGACUGAAGGGGAUUGCAGAUGAAACCAGAGCACAAGGCUGUUUUGACCCACGGAAACUUCCUGUCUUGUAACUUCAUCUAAGCCUCAAUUUUUAUUAGCUUGCUCAGCUCCUAGUGGACAUUCUAGAACAAGCAUUUUCUGUCUUUUCCACCUUAUCAAGACUCCAACUCCAAGCUACCCUAUGACCUUCUAAGAGUUACCUUGCCUCCUGUAAAACUGAGAUCUAAUACCUCAACCUGCUUCAUUCAUGAUCACCCGACUGUUAUAUCCAUCUUGUCUUUCUUGCCUGUAGACCCAAAAUAAGAGGUGGCCUUCUUACUUGUUCAUUUGUUUAUCCCCUUUCAUUAUUUUCAGUCUUUCCAUAACUGAUUUCACACCAUCUUUUAAAAAACACACACAACAAAACCCAACUAAACAAAAAUAAAACAGUAUCACCAAUACCAUGACCCUGCUGUCUCUUGUAGCUAACAUUCUAGUCAACUUAUUCAUUUCACUGUCAAACUUCCAGAAAAAGUACCAUAACCCCAUAACCCCAUUUCAUCACUAUAAAGUCACCUCUUAACUCUCUGAACCUGGUUUCCUUCUGUAGCUGGAAGAACACAAAUUACUUCAAAAGCAAGAUCUUUAAUGAUAUUUUCUCUCUAUUCAUCCUCUUUGACUAUCUCUAGAUCAUGUUAUCCUGUUGCAUACCUUGUUUAAAAUUUUUUAAUGAAAACAACAUUUAAAAAUUCCACUAUGACAACAUUAAAGGAGAUUUUGAAAGAAUAUGUUCACCUGUACUUUCAAACCCCAGAAAAUUGUUUUCAUUUAUCUAUGUUCCAUGAUUUUUCAUAUUGCAUAAUACUUCUAUUUUAUGGAAGUGCAAUCACAGUGUACAUAUAUUUUAGAAUUUUGCUUUAAGAAACUUUUAUUAUAAAUACUGUCCUUGUGCUACAGUCUUUCAUAUUUAUCAUUUCAAUAGUCACAUAAAAUUAUAUCCAUUAGUAGAUUAUAUUUUAUUUGACCAUUCCUCUAUUAUUGGACAUUUAGUCAACUCCCAAUUUUUCUGGGCUUUGAACAUAUUAUUGCAUAUGACUUUUUUCUUCUUUACAAUUCUGUUCCUAGGACAAGUUCCCAGGAGUGGGAUUACCAGGUCAAAGUAUAUAAACAUUUUUUAUGGAUCUUGAUUUCCAAAAAGACUGUACAAAUUUUCAAGGCCACAAUGGCAUGCAAGUGUUCCAUCUUCUUUGCAGCUCUAGCAUUGGACUUCAUAAGGAAUCUGUUUAGAUGGCUUAAAAC